AUCUAAUAUUUCCCUUAAUAAUUCCCCGGAGCCAGAAGUGAAGAAGAUAUUUUCCCUCAUGGCUUCAACACUACUAGAGAUGACUCGAGCUGCACACGAGGAGGUAGAGCGGCUGGAGCGACUCAUAGUCAAGGACCUUCGAAAGGGGCUUCCUACCACCAGUAAAGAUCGUCUCUUUCAGGGUCACCGCUUGCGCAACAUGAUCGACACCAUCACCUCCACCACCGAGAAACUCAUAGAGACUUAUCAUGAUAAUGAUAAUGCAAUGAAGGAAGAGAUUGUGGAGCUUGGAACUAACGUGUUUGGUGGGUUUUAUGGUAGAUUGAAAGAGAUUCGUGAGUACCAUAGAAAGCAUCCGCCAGCUGCUGGGGUUGUUGAUGUUAAUGUAGAGUAUGAAGAACUGCCAGUAAUUGAGUUUACUGGAGAGGAGGCCUUUGGUCGGUGCCUAGACUUGCAUGAAUUGUACAAUCAGUACAUUAAUUUGAAACUUGGAGAUCCAAUUGAGUACUCUGCUUACCUUGAUGUUUUUCCACAGACACAGAAUAUACCUCGCAAAUUGAAGUUAACCAGGCAAUACAGGGAGUACAUGGAGAAUCUGCUGGAGUAUUUGAUAUAUUUCUUUCAGAGGACAGAACCGCUGCAAGAUCUUGAUAGAAUAUUUGCAAAGGUUGUGUCUGAGUUUGAGUUACAAGGAAACGAGAUGUAUUUUGGCAGUCAAAGUUUGAAAGACAUUGGAUUGAUGGAGGCGAAAAUGAAGAAACUUUGUGAUUUGUUGAGUCAGACAAUUGAACAAACAAAACAAAAUCUAGUGAAGAAGCAGGCUUUGACAUAUGAGGAAAUGGAACGAGACAGAGAGGAGGAAGAGAAACAAGUAGACACUGAGAGUGAUGACGAAGAGCAGCAGAUCUAUAAUCCCCUUAAACUACCAAUGGGUUGGGAUGGAAAGCCGAUACCUUUCUGGCUUUACAAGCUUCAUGGUCUUGGUAGGGAAUUCAAGUGUGAGAUAUGUGGGGACUACAGCUACUGGGGGCGUAGGGCUUUUGAAAGGCAUUUUCAAGAAUCAAGGCAUCAGAGUGGGAUGCGUAGCCUUAAUAUUCCUAACACAAAGAACUUCAAUGAAAUCACACCAAUCCAGGAAGCACAAGCACUGUGGGAACAUAUACAAGAACAGCAAGGACAGAACAAUUGGCACCAAGAUUUUGAAGAAUUUGAAGACACAGAUGGUAAUAUCUACAACAAAAGGACAUUUACUGAUCUGCAGCGUCAGGGACUUAUUUGAGGAAAUAGUUUCCAAGGAAGGGCAGACCAACAAAAAAAAUCAAGCAUGCCAACAAGUGAAAAUUGAUCCAUCAAUUGAAGCAAGGAUUCAGCACUUCGAUUAAAUUGUAGCAGCUUUU